UUUUAUGUGCACCUUUCUUUUAAAUUUUAAAUGAUCUAAAAAUUUAUUUUCAAAAUUAAGUAUUCUACAAAUUUUAUGUAUGGCGUGGGACGAUAUAUUUGAACCUGCAUUUUAUAAAUGUUGGACGGAAGCUUUAAACAAGGAAGAGAAGAUUCGCAGGAAAUGGUAUUCAGAUUAUGAAUCAAAAAAGCAAAAAGCCUUGGCAGGUGAGAAAGAAGCAGAUUAUGAGGAACUGAUCGAGAAUGGCUGCACUUGUGGAAUGUACCAGACAUCCGACAAAGGUUCUAAGAUAGUUUGGCCUCGGACUGGAGCUCUCGGAACUACCACAAUCAUAAGAGUUUUAGACCAACCAGCACAGAUGAAAUCACAGCCACAAGAUGUGAGAAACACUCUAUAUGAAGGCAUUAGUCGUGAAGGAAAAGGAAGGUACUUAUACUUAAAGAAACGCUCUAGGAAGGAUCCAGAAGAACGAUAUUAUGACCCUGUAUGUACAUCAAUGACACAUGGAUGGAACCACGGAAAAGAUAAUGAACUGAGCUGCACUCAAUCUGAUAAGUGCAAUAUUCAAAAAGAUGCCUUUGUUUAG